AAAGCCACAAAAACCAACUUACCUCUUCAAAAUAAUAACCGCUCCCAAGCAACCUCUUAAUAAUAAUUGAGGAUUGUCAUUAGAGGACAUUAAGAAGUUCCACUGCUAUAUCCAUUCUCUCCAUCCAUUGAAGCGGUCUCUUCACAGUCUCUCCGUCCGAACCCCCAAAGUACUGAACCAAGCAUGCCAAAAUAACCCCAAAUAUCCUCUCUGAUCCUUCUCUUCUCGUGACAGUUAAUGGAAAUCCUUGCAACCGCAGCAACUUCUUUGCUGCUCCUCCUAGCUCUCUAUUUUCUCAUACUAAAUCCAUGGCUGAGGACAAAGAAGCGAAAUUAUCCGCCAAUCGCAGGCACCGUCUUCGGCCAGUUGAUUAAUCUCCAUCGGUUGCAAGAUUUCCUGACCGAUAUCUCGAAGCGACACAAGACUUUCCGGUUGCUCACCCCCUUGGGAAUAAAUUACGUGUUCACGGUUGACCCUGUCAAUGUUGAAUACAUCCUCAAAACCAACUUCGCCAACUAUGGAAAGGGAGAAUUUGUUCGCGAUAUCAUGAAGGAUCAGCUAGGAGAUGGAAUUUUCGCAGUGGAUGGCAAUAAAUGGCGACACCAGAGAAAGGUUGCGAGUUAUGAGUUUUCAGCAAAAGUCUUGAGAGAUUACAGUGGUGUCGUAUUCAAAAGCAAUGCUAGCAGACUUUCAAUGCUAGUCCUUGAAUCUGCAAGAACUGGACAGAUGAUAGAUAUAAAUGAUCUUUUCAUGAAAUCGACAUUAGAUUCAAUAUUCAAAGUUGGGUUUGGAGUGGAACUUGAUACAUUAUCCGGGUCCAACAAAGACGGAAAGAUAUUUGCGCAGGCAUUUGAUGAUUCAAGCGCCCAAUUGUUGCGGCGUUUUGUUGAUGUUCUCUGGAAGAUGAAGAGAUUCUUGAACGUUGGCCUGGAAGCUAAAAUGAAGAAGGAUAUCAAAUUUAUCGAUGAUUUUGUGUACACCCUCAUUAAUAAGAAGAUCGAGCAGAUGUCUAAACAACAGAACAAUUUCAUGAAGAAAGAAGAUAUAUUGUCAAGAUUUUUAAAUGAAAGAGAGAAAGAUCCUGAGAAUAUGAGCUUAAAAUAUCUUCGAGAUAUAAUACUCAAUUUCGUGAUAGCAGGCAAAGAUACAACAGCAGGAACUCUCUCAUGGUUCUUUUACAUGAUGUGCAAGCAUCCUAGUGUACAAGAGAAGGUAGCGGAAGAAGUGAAAAAAGUAACAAAAAGAAAUGGGAAGAUUCAAGUGGAUGAAUUUGCAGUGACUUUAACUGAAGAAGCUCUCAACAGAAUGCAAUAUCUCCACGCAGCAUUGACUGAGACGUUAAGACUCUAUCCUGCUGUUCCGGUGGAUGUGAAGUGUUGUCUCUCUGAUGACACAUUGCCAGAUGGACUCAAUGUUGACAAAGGAGAUCUGAUAAGUUACCAACCAUACGCAAUGGGAAGAAUGAAAUUCUUAUGGGGAGAGGACGCAGAAGUUUUCCGGCCUGAAAGAUGGCUCAAUGACUUUGGAGAUUUCGAGCCUGAAAGUCCUUUUAAAUUCACUGCUUUUCAGGCUGGACCUCGAAUCUGUUUGGGAAAAGAAUUUGCUUACAGGCAGAUGAAGAUCUUUGCAGCUACACUGUUGUACUUCCUUAACUUCAGGCUCUGGGAUGAAACAAAACCUGUCAAUUAUAGAAGCAUGGUGACACUACAAAUUGAUGGUGGACUCUAUGUUGGUGCCGUUGAAAGAUGAAAUGCUGGUUUUAUGAAAGGUAGAUAUUGGAAAAUUGUAAUUAUAUUAUGACGCUUUGAUACGUAAGUAUGAUGCUCAGUUUAGUAUAUGUUCUAUUUGUCAAAUACAAGUUUCCAUAUUGGAUGAAUUAAGAUACUGAGAAUUAUGUUGAUUGAGGAAUAA